AACAUGUGUCAAUGACGUCACGUCAGCAAAUGUCGCGUUCUCAUUAUUUUUUGUUUUAUUUCGCAAUUUCCAGAAUUUCUUUGAUGUUUUACUUGCUUUUUGAAUAAUAUCGUCUUAAUCAAACAGAAACGAUGGAUAAUCAGUACUAUUACAAGUUGAUGGCGAGCUAUUUAUCUAAAAGGAACUGUGAUGAAUCUUUCAUGAGAUAUUUUUUUGGUAAGAACUCAUUGAAAAAGACAACGGAGGAACUCGAGAAGGCCGACGAGAGGAAAAGGAGGCUGCAGCGCGAGAGAUCGAGGCGUUACCGAGCCUUGAAGAAUGCGCGGAGACAGAAUGAGAGCGGGAGUCGUGAUUCGGGCGACAGUGAUCACAUGAGGUCCAAGUCGCAUACCUUGAUGUUGGAGGAGGAGUUUAGUGAUUGUGACGAGCCGCCGACACUGUGCGACCUGACGUACGACGACAAGUGGCGGGAGACGGGCCCCGGCUCCUCCGACUGCGCGUCCGACGACAACUCGGCGCACUCCGCCGCAGAGCUCAAGGAGGCCUGCGCGGGGAACGUCUCCAUCAGCCUCAAGGACUUCCUGAGCUCCCCCAACGCGGAGCUGGACUACCAGACCGUGCACAGCCUCAUGUUCCACUGGCUGCAGACGUAACAUUGCCCAUAAAUUGCACACAUCAAUGAUACAGGUCUCCUUCACAAAGUCUUUCCAGCACAAUCAUUGUUAUAUGCUUCCUACUAUUGGUCAUUUUGUUGUGUUCAAAUUUGUAUGUGAUUGCCAAUAUUCCUCUGAGAUGUCUCACUCUAAGUUUAUUUCUGGUGACCUCAUUACCAUUCUCUACAAUGACAUUAUAAGUUUUUACCAGUCUUGCAUAUCUAAAAUUGAACUUGUAUCUACAGAUGUUAGUUUCAGUUAAGCAAUGUUGAAUCAAAUAUAAUUUGAAGUGUGAAGGUGCAUUUUAAACAUAUCAUUGUAACAUUUCUGCUUUUGUGUCCAUGCACCAAGGUGAUAGAACCGUCCCGCUAUACUUUAAAUGUAAAGAAUAUAAAUGUAGAGUGUAGAAGAUGACUUGCUAAACUAUUCAAUAAAUAUUGAUUUAGCUGACUCAA